AUGAAUACUUCAUCUCAGUCCGUCCAUAAUCUUUUAUCAAAUUUAAAGUCAAUUGUUGAACUUGUUCUAAAGUUUCCAGGUGAUUCAUUAACAUCACAAUAUGGUGCAAUAGAACGUAUUCGAGCUCCUAUCUUAUCCAUUUUCUCGCAUGGUCUCAAACAGACAACGGGAGAGAGUUUUGAACAAUUGUGGCAGCUGAUUAUACGUUUGAAUUCCAAUUCACAGAAAUACAUUCGCUUGUUACAAGAUAUUUAUCAUAAAGAAAAUCUUCGAUUAACUGUUGAACAAUGGAUUGAACAAUCAGUUAUCACUCAAUGUUUAUCACAACAAAUGUCCUGUAUUGAGAAGGACAUGAAGAUGCUUGAUCAAUACUAUUAUAACAUUCAUAUGAUGGUACUUUUAAAAGUUUACACAGACACAUUACUAACGUCGACGUCCGAUAUAAGGUCGUAG